CUUUUGCCCGACAGGCCGUAAGUGGUCCUUGGGUACGAUAAUCUCCUCGCCCUUGGUCUUGGGUCUGUUCCUUUAUUUAUCCUGUAGAUCCCUCUCUCCUAAACUCAUCUUCUCUGCAACCUCAAGUCAUCUAUCUCAUCAACACUACACGGCACCGAGGGCUUGGUUCGUGUACAGUUUCAAUAACAAAUGCUCUGGUCAGCCCACAACACCACCGAACGUAUUCACUUGACCUCGACAUAAUCUGUACCGAAUUGGUGUUGGAAUCGAAUCAACCUCCAACAUGUCGUCCGGCCCCGUUGAAACGUACGAGGGGGUUGCCGGCGUCGCCAACAAUGGAGGCAACCCCCUUCUCGAAGACCUCAACCGAUAUUAUUCUGCCGGAGAUUUCGGAUGGAUCAUGACAUGUACAGCCCUCGUGCUGCUCAUGGUUCCCGGUGUCGGUUUCUUCUACAGCGGUCUUGCACGAAGAAAGUCAGCCUUGGCCCUCAUUUGGCUUUCCCUCAUGUCGAUAGCCAUCGUAGGGUUUCAAUGGUUCUUCUGGGGUUACUCGCUCGCCUUCUCCCACACCGGAAGCGCCUACAUCGGCAACCUCUCCAACUUUGGUCUCAUGAAGACCCUCGCCCAGCCAAGCGUUGGCAGCGGUAAGAUCCCCGACCUUCUUUUCUGCCUCUAUCAGGGCAUGUUCGCUGCCAUCACUCCCGCGCUCGCUAUUGGCGCGUGCGCUGAUCGCGGCCGUAUGCUUCCCGCUCUGGUCUUCAUGUUCAUCUGGACCACCAUCGUCUACGACCCCAUCGCCUACUGGACCUGGAACGGCAAUGGUUGGUCCUUCAAGAUGGGCGGUCUCGACUUUGCGGGCGGCACGCCCGUGCACAUCAGCUCCGGAGCCGCCGCCCUCGCCUACUCGCUCAUGCUCGGCAAGCGCAACGGCUACAACAAGGUCAACGGCCUGCCUUAUCGCCCCCACAAUGUCACCCACGUCGUUCUAGGCACCGUGUUCCUCUGGGUCGGCUGGUUCGGUUUCAACGGCGGUAGCGCCCUGGCCGCCAACCUGCGCGCCGUCAUGGCCUGCAUCGUCACUCACAUUGCUGCCUGCGUCGGUGGCUUGACUUGGGUCUUGCUCGAUUACCGGCUGGAGAGGAAGUGGAGCACCGUCGGCUUCUGCUCCGGUGCCAUUGCUGGUCUUGUCGCCAUCACCCCUGCUGCGGGUUACGUCCCUCCCUGGUCGGCUUUCAUCUUUGGUGUUGUCGGCGGUAUCAGCUGCAACUUUGCUACUAAGCUCAAGUUCCUUCUGGGUAUUGAUGAGGCGCUCGAUGUGUUUGCUGAGCACGGUGUUGGAGGUAUUGUCGGCAACUUGUUGACUGGUAUCUUUGCUGCUGACUAUAUUGCCGCUCUCGACGGUGUCUCCAUCGGCGACUCAGCCAUCGCCGGCGGCUGGGUCAACCACCACUACAUCCAGCUCGCCUACCAGCUCGCCGACAGCGUCGCCGGCUUCUCUUACUCCUUCGUCAUGACCUGCGUCAUCCUCUUCCUCCUCAACCUCGUUCCCGGCCUCUCGCUCCGUGUCGACCACCACCAGGAGGAGAUUGGCCUCGACGACGACCAGCUUGGCGAGUUCGCGUACGAUUAUGUGGAGGUCACUCGCAGCUUGGAUGUUAUUCCUGGAUUGACUGCCCCCAACAGCACAGCUGGUAGCAUCAGCGGGAGGGACCCUGAGAAGCAGGUCUAAACUGUUGCAGUAGCAGUGCGAGGCAGUGGGUGUGAUGUUGUGAAUGCAUAUAUAGACUGGACCUGGACGGACGGAUUGUCUGGGCGUUGUAAUGUGGAUAUGUGGAUAAUGACAUCGGAGCGGAUGAAGGGGGUUUGUUUACGGGGGAUGGAUGUUUACACCAAUGAUACCAUGUGGCUUUUUUGUUGAUACCAGUUUGAGGUUCGUCUGAAUCGACCUCCUUAUCUUUCUGUCACCGUCACUGG